UUAUAAUACUAUAAAGUUAGUUAAAAAAAAAGGUAUAGGAGGCUCAAUCAUGAACUAGAAAAUAAUGGGAUUCUUUUCUUUUCUGGUAACCUGUGUUGUUUUGAGACUUUUUCUAUCUGUAACAACUUUUGCUGUGGUUGACACAAUUAGACCUUCAGAAUUUAUGGGAGAUAACACAACUUUGGUGUCCAUUGAAGGAGGGUUUGAACUGGGAUUCUUUACUCCAGGCAAUUCAAAGAAUCGUUUCCUGGGAAUUUGGUAUAAGAACAUCUCAGUUCAAACUGUUGUUUGGGUCGCGAAUCGGUGUGAACCAAUAAUCAACGAUUCAUCUGGCACAUUGACUAUAGACGACUCAGGAAAUGUUGUGUUAUUUUCUGGACAGAAGAACAAGAGAGUCGUAGUUUGGUCUACGAGGUCGUUGAAACAAGCCCGGAAACCACUGGUUCAGCUCUUGGAUAAUGGUAACUUGGUUCUGAGAGAUGAGGAAGAUGAGAACACAACGAACUAUUUGUGGCAAAGCUUUGAUUAUCCUACUGAUACGAUCAUGCCCGGAAUGAAAUUGGGAUUGGACUUGAGGAGAGGUCUCAAUCGGCGUUUAUCGGCAUGGAAGAGUUUCGAUGACCCCUGUGAUGGAGACUUCACUUUUGGGAUUGAGCUUGAUGAACAACACCGUACAUACCCUCAACUAAUCACCCGUAAAGGGUCUGUAAAAUUCUAUCGAACCGGGCCAUGGAACGGCAUAGGUUUCAGCGGAACUCCUAACUUGACUGUGGACCCACUUUUCGACCACAGGUUUGUGUACAACGACGAUGAAAUUUACUACAUUUACAACAUCAAACACAGGUCAGUAAUCUCAAGAAUUGUCAUGAAUCAAACAACCAGUGUUCGUGAACACACGAUAUGGAUAGAAGCAGACAAAGUUUGGAGGCGUUAUGGUUCGGCUCCAAGGGACGAUGACGAGUGCGAUAAGUAUGGCAUCUGUGGAGCUAAUUCAGAAUGUGUCACGAUGAAUGAUCCAAUCUGCAAAUGUUUGAAAGGUUUUAAGCCAAAGAAUCAAGAUAGUUGGAACGCUGUGUACUGGUCUGAAGGGUGUGUGAGAAAGAGUCCUCUGAGCUGCCAUGAUCAAGUGAGAGAUGAGUUCGUUAGAGUAUCUCGAUUGAAACUGCCAGAUACUCAGUUUACAUGGGUGAACAGGAGUAUGAAUCUAGGGGAAUGCAAGGCUGAAUGCUUGAGCAACUGCUCUUGUAUGGCUUAUACAAACUCAGAUAUCAGAGGAAAUGGCAGUGGCUGCCUCAUCUGGUUCGGAGAUCUGUUUGAUAUUGGACAGUUUUAUUACGGUCAGCAAGAUUUGUACAUUCGAAUGUCAGUUUCAGAAAUAGCAAGGACUGAUCGUAAGGCUAAGGUGGAGAGAGCAAUGCUAGUGAUAGCUAUCCUGCUCGUUGGAUUAGCUGGUGUGUUGGUUUUGAUUGGCUUUUACAUUCGCAGGAGGAGACACAUUAAUGACAGAAAUGUAAUUAUUAGUACUACCACUAAUAAUUUUUCUGAGAGAAACCAAAGCGAAGAUGAAGACUUGGAGCUUCCAUUGUUCGAUCUACAUACUAUUAGCACUGCCACUAAUAAUUUUUCUGAAAGAAACAAGCUUGGAGAGGGUGGUUUUGGACCUGUAUACAAAGGUGUGCUAGAAGGAGGACAAGAAAUUGCUGUGAAGAGGCUAUCAAUGUGGUCUGGACAAGGAAUUAGUGAAAUCAAAAAUGAAAUUAAACUAAUUGCUAAGCUUCAACAUCGGAAUUUGGUAAAAGUAAUUGGUUAUUGCAUUCAUAGUGAAGAGAAGCUAUUGAUUUAUGAGUACAUGCCCAACAAAAGCCUUGACUAUUUCAUAUUUGAUGAAAGGCAAAGCAUGUUGUUGGAAUGGUCUAAGCGUUUCCAAAUUGUAAAUGGAAUUGCUAAAGGGAUUCUCUAUCUACAUCACGAUUCUAGGUUGAGAAUUAUACAUCGAGAUCUGAAAGCUAGUAAUGUGUUACUUGAUAAAGAGAUGAAUCCUAAAAUUUCAGAUUUUGGCUUAGCUAGAAGUUUUGGUGGAGAUCAAAUGGAAGGAAACACAAACAAAGUAGUAGGAACUUAUGGUUAUAUGGCGCCGGAAUAUGCUUUCAAUGGCUUAUUCUCAACAAAAUCUGAUGUAUUUAGCUUUGGCGUAUUGAUGCUAGAGAUAGUAAGUGGAAAGAAAAGCAAAAGCUUUGACGAUGAAAAUAGCGGUCUUAAUCUUAUUGGAUUGGCAUGGACUUUGAUGAAUGAAGGCAAUGCAUUUAAGCUUAUUGACAAGUGCUUGUUAAGAGAUCCAUACAACAACAUGGAAGAAGCAUUGCGCUGCAUCCACAUUGGUCUCUUAUGUGUGCAACAAAAGCCUAUUGAUAGGCCUGAUAUGUCUUCUGUUAUUCUAAUGUUGAGUGGUGAGAGAGUGUUGCCUCAGCCCAAGCUAGCAGGCUAUUUUAUUAACACAUAUUUGUGGGAAAGAGAUCAGUUCUUCUCUGCUAAGUCCCCAUCAUGCAAUACUAGCAUAACAGCUGUCGAGGCACGAUGAGAAUUCAUACAAAAAAUUGGAGUUUGCCAUGUACAUUUUGAGACCUUUUAAUUAUUACAAUUUUUUAUUAUUUGGUUCAUAGUUGUAAUGAUCAUUGGUAUUAUUAGUCUAUGUAGUAUAUGAAUCUAAUCCAGAAUUUUUUACCAAGAUGAAUAGUUCUUGAAUUCCUAGAAUAUGUUCUUGGACAUUUUUUGGAUUGAGAAAUUUAUUAUAAGCCAUGAUUAGACCU